AAAAUACUCGACCUCCAUGUAAGCUAAGCUGUAUCCACCACCACCACGACGCCGUCCACACCUCUGCUUCCUCCUCCUCCUCCCUCUCUUCUUUCUCUCUCUUCCUUGCGAGAUCUGCGUGUGUGCGCGUCGCUGACGCAGAGCGAGAAGGGGAGUAGCUGCUGCUUCGGCAGCGUGCUUUUGCGGCGCGACAAUGCCGUCUCCUCGGCGAUUCUUGGAGUUGCUGCUACUUGCUCUGCUUGUUUGUUGCGUCAAUGGAGGGAGUGGUGGUGUUGGUGGUGAGUUGGAGGUUCCGGCGGCCACCGCCAGGAGGCAGCUGCACCAGCCGUUCUUCCCGGAUCAGUCGUUGCCUCCGUCGCCGGCGCCUCCGGGCCCGGCGCCGCCGUUCUUCCCGACGUUGCCGGUGCCGCCGCCGCCGCCGGCGUCGGCGGCGCAGGAGCAGCCGACGUACCCCGCACUCGUGCUGCCCAACACCAGCGGCGGUGGGGCUGCGACGACGGCUGCUCCGGAUGGUGGCGGGGGUGGUUCGAGGAAGUCCAAGAGCAGCGCGUCGAAGCUUGUGCCGGCGAUUGUGCUGCCGCUGCUGACGGUGGCCGUGCUUGGGCUGUCCAUCGCGUUCUUCUUCACGCACCGCCGUGGCAAUGCCCGCCGCGCGGGUGGAGGCGGGUGUGUCGGUGGCGGGGACGCCAAGUUCUUGCACCCGGAGAGGGCGAGCCUCUUCGCGCGCGACGAGUUUGGCGGGAGCGGCGGUGCCGCGCCGCCGGCCGCGUCGGUCGACUACCGGUACGUGGGGAACAUCGGGCCGAUGACUAGGGACGAGAAGAGCAGCGAGACGACGUCGUCGGGAGACGAGGAGUCCCGGAGCACCGGCGGAUCGCCGGAGCUCCGCCCGCUGCCGCCGCUGCUGGCGCGGCAAUGCGGGCCGAUGGGUGCGAGGAGCCCCGGCGGCGGCGGCUUCGCCUCGCCGUCGUCCGGCGACGAAGAGUUCUACUCGCCGCAAGGAUCGUCCAAGAUGUCGAGCUCGCACCGGACGCUCGCCGCCGCGGUGGAGGCCGCCGUGGCCGCGCGCGACCGCUCCAAGAGCCCCUCGCCCGGCUCGAUCGUGAGCACGCCGUCGUACCCGUCCUCGCCCGGAGCGACGAUGUCCCCCACGCCGGCCUCGCCGCCUCUCUUCUCCAGCCCCGGCCAGUCCGGCCGCCGCUCCGUCAAGUCAAGACCCGAGAGCGUUCGAACCGUCUUCCAACCGCCGGCGCCUCCUCCACCACCACCUCCUUUCGCGCCGACGCUGCCACCGCCACCUCCCCCUCGCCGGAAACCGCCAUCACCAUCACCACCCUCCUCCCCCCUCAUCGAGAACGCGUCGGCGCUCAGAUCCACCACCGACACAAUCCCAAGAAACCCAUUUGUACAGCCACCACCCCCACCGACACACGCCCACGGACCACCCCCACCGCCGCCGCCGCCUCCGCCGCCGCCGGUGGGCUACUGGGAGAGCCGCGUACGGAAGCCCGGCACCGGCACGUCCAAAGAAACCCGGUCGCCUGCGCUGUCGCCGCCGCCGCAACCUACCAGCUUCAAGAGCGCCCUACCCACCGACGCGUUCCCCGGUCGCCUCGCGGACAAUGCCGACCACGCCGGCGACAAGUCGGAGGAGACGACGCCGCGGCCGAAGCUGAAGCCGCUGCACUGGGACAAGGUCCGGGCCAGCUCCGACCGCGUCAUGGUGUGGGAUCAGCUCAAAUCCAGCUCAUUCCAGGUGAACGAGGAGAUGAUCGAGACAUUGUUCAUCUGCAACCCGGCGAACUCGGUACCACCGAAGGAGCCAACAGCAACAAGGAGGCCGGUGCUGCCGACGCCGAAGGCGGACAACAAGGUGCUUGAUCCAAAGAAGUCGCAGAACAUCGCCAUCUUGCUGCGCGCGCUGAAUGUCACCAAGGAGCAGGUCUGCGAAGCGCUCUGCGAAGGUAACACAGAGAACUUUGGAGCAGAAUUGUUGGAGACCUUGCUAAAAAUGGCUCCUACCAAGGAAGAGGAGAUCAGAUUGAGAGAAUUUAAAGAGGAGACAUCUCCUAUUAAGCUAGGCCCUGCUGAGAAGUUCCUUAAGGCUGUCCUUGAUAUCCCAUUUGCUUUCAAAAGAGUAGACGCGAUGCUGUACAUUGCCAACUUUGAAUCAGAGGUUAAUUACCUGAAGAAAUCCUUCGAGACCCUUGAGACUGCUUGUGACGAACUUAGAAACAGCAGGCUGUUUCUGAAGCUACUUGAAGCUGUUCUGAAGACUGGCAACAGGAUGAAUGUUGGAACAAAUCGUGGUGAUGCACAUGCAUUCAAGCUUGAUACUCUACUCAAAUUGGUUGAUGUCAAAGGAACCGAUGGCAAGACUACCCUUCUGCAUUUUGUCGUGCAGGAGAUUAUCCGCACAGAAGGAUCCCGCCUCUCUGCCAGCAACCAAUCAACUCCAAGAACUCAGGCAAACCCUUUACGGGAUGAGCUCGAGUGCAAAAAGCUUGGCCUCCAGGUAGUGGCUGGUCUUGGAAACGAGCUCAGCAAUGUCAAGAAAGCAGCUGCCAUGGACUCCGACGUGCUAAGCAGCUACGUCGCGAAGCUUGCUGGAGGAAUAGAAAAGAUCACCGAGGUAUUGCGAUUGAAUGAAGAGUUGACGUCAAGGGAAGGUGCAUGGCGGUUCCAUGAUGCGAUGCAGAAGUUCUUGAAGAGGGCCGAUGACGACAUCAUCAGGGUUCAGGCUCAAGAGAGCGUUGCGCUCUCGCUUGUGAAGGAAAUCACCGAGUACUUCCAUGGUGACUCUGCAAAGGAGGAAGCUCACCCUUUCAGAAUCUUCAUGGUCGUCAGGGAUUUCCUCUCAGUUCUUGAUCAAGUAUGCAAGGAAGUUGGUAGGAUCAAUGACCGCACGAUCGCUAGCUCAGUGCGCCAUUUCCCAGUACCCGUUAACCCGAUGAUGCCACAGUUGUUCCCCAGGAUCCAUGCAUUGAGAGCUGGAAUAUCAGAUGAUGAAAGUUCAGCAACUUCAGCAUCAUCACCUUGAUCACCAGUAGUCUGCCAAUAGAAAUUUUCGCAGACUACUGUGGGAAACCUCCAUAGGGCAGAGGGAGACCAACGGCGUUGCGGUGUCAAUUUUUUUAAAACCUUUUGUACCUGUAGAUUAUAGAAUGUACAAGCUUUUUUGCAAAUAUUUAUUCCUAUAUA